AUGGCGGAGGCGCGGCCGCUGCGGCUGCUGGCGCUGCACGGCUACCGGCAGAGCGCCCGCCGCCUCCGCCAGCGCACCGGCGCGCUCCGCAAGGCCCUGCGCGGCCGCGCCGAGCUGGUGGCCAUCGACGCGCCGCACCUCUUGCCCGCCAGCGCUGAGGACGACCCCGAAGGGGAUGACCCCCCCCGCGGCUGGUGGUUCUCCGGGCCCGGCACGUUCGAGGCGGGCGAAGCGGCCGCGGCUCCGGCGGGGCUGGAGGAGUCUCUGUCCGCCGUGGCGGCGGCGCUGGAGGAGCACGGGCCCUUCGAUGGGCUGCUGGGCUUCAGCCAGGGCGCGGCGCUGGCCGCUAUGGUGUGCGCCCUGCGGGCCCGCGGCGACCCGCGCUUCCCGGUGGCCUUCGCCGUGCUGGUGGCCGCGUUCGCCAGCCGCGCCCCGGCACACGGACACUUCUACCGGGAGCCCAUCGCCCUGCCCACGCUGCACGUCGUGGGCGACACCGACGCUGUCAUCGCGGCGGCCCUGAGCAGGGAGCUGGCCCGGUGCUUCGUGGAGCCCGUUGUGCUCACGCACCCCGGCGGGCACUUCAUCCCCGCGGCUCCGGCGCAGAGGAAAGCCUACCUGGAAUUCCUGGAACGCUUCUGCCCAGGAGCUGGGCAGGUUUGAGAAUGGGCGCUGUAAUAAAAAAGGGCUCUGGUGAGCCACGUGUGGCCAUCCAUCCUGUGAAGCAUCAGUGUUUCCGUGCCUCCAGAGGGACCAAAGAACAGCUCACUGCACGUUCUGCUCUUCAGUGUUCACCCAGGCCAGGCCAAAUGGUUCUUUGUCUCCCCUUUUUUCAGCUUUGUUGUGUACAUCAGUAUAAUAUAUAUGGGUGUAUCAAGUUA